CAGAGGAGCCAGGAAGUAACUUCGAGCCAUGCAGAGAGACGGUUAAAGUAGAGCGAGCACCGUUUGUUGUCAGAGGACAGUAUCACGCUGGGAUCGAGCAAGGAAUAAUAGGCAAUUGCGAAAUCGAACCAAAUCGCCUGCAGUGCCCGACACUGACCACACUAUAGCCUAUUUGAGAUCCGACAGAGGAAGAAUACCACAUCACGUCCCAUACAAUAAACGUAAAUACCACAGCACAUUUCGAUACCCUCUGAGUCACUUAAAAAGAGGAAGGAAGAAAAUAAAAGCGGGAUCAGGGGAGUUGAAAGUAUAUUCUCUCCUGAAGUCACAUACACACAAAACUACGGAAAUUGCUAAAAUAGCGCUUAAGAUGCCCCGAGUGGUCCCGGAUCAGAGGAGCAAGUUCGAAAAUGAGGAAUUUUUCAGAAAACUCAGCCGGGAGUGUGAGAUCAAAUACACCGGUUUCCGAGACAGACCGCACGAGGAAAGGCAGGCCAGGUUCCAGAAUGCCUGUCGGGACGGACGGUCAGAAAUAGCUUUUGUGGCGACAGGAACCAAUCUCUCCCUGCAGUUCUUCCCGGCGAACCUGCACGGGGAGCAGCGACAGGCGCCCACGCGGGAGUACGUGGACUUCGAGAGGGAAACGGGAAAGGUGUACCUGAAGGCUCCCAUGAUUCUGAACGGUGUGUGUGUGCUCUGGAAAGGCUGGAUCGACCUGCAGCGGUUGGAUGGGAUGGGCUUCCUGGAGUAUGAUGACGAGAGAGCGCAGCAGGAGGACGCCCUGGCUCAGCAGGCCUUUGAGGACGUGCGGAGGAGGAACCGGGAUUUCGAGGACCGGGACCGCUCACACCGUGAGGAGCUGGAGGCGAGGCGACAGCAGGAUCCCAGCCCUGGGUCCAACAUGGGCAAUGCCGACGACCACAAGAUGCGCUAACAACGUGUGCGUGGGGUCAGGGGAGGAAGCAACACCCCUCAACACCUCACCCAUCUUUCAGUCAGCCACCCAGCUGUUUACGGGAGAGACCAAAGUCCGCUAGGGAGGGGGGGGGUUUCAUCACAGA